AGAGGGAGCGGCUCGGUCCAUCAGCUCCCAGCGGAGGAAGCGCCAGGCAGGGCCGGGCAGGUGGCCUAGCGGGAGGGGUAUGAGCGCGGCGGGCCCGGGACGCCGCUGGGCGCGGGUGUCCCGCCUCGUCUCCUUCAGCGCGAGCCACCGGCUCCACAGCAAAUUUCUGAGUGAUGAAGAGAAUUUGAAACUGUUUGGGAAAUGCAACAAUCCAAAUGGCCAUGGACACAAUUAUAAAGUUGUGGUAACAGUACAUGGCGAGAUUGAUCCUAGAACAGGAAUGGUUAUGAAUUUGACUGACCUCAAAGAGUGCAUGGAGGAGGCAAUUAUGAAGCCACUUGACCAUAAGAAUCUGGAUCUGGACGUGCCAUAUUUUGCAGAAGUUGUAAGCACGACAGAAAAUGUUGCUGUAUUUAUCUGGGAAAAUCUUCAGAAAUUACUUCCCGUGGGCGUUCUUUAUAAAGUAAAAGUAUAUGAAACUGACAAUAACAUUGUAACCUAUAAAGGAGAAUAGUUUCUUUAGGGAUUAAUAAUAUAUACAAUCAUAGUGAUAAUAGUAAUAAUAGGGAUUAAUACUACAGGAAAGUAGUUUCUUUCCAAAUUUGCAAGUGUUUAACCUCUUGGACUUUUAAGAAGUCCUCCCAUCAUUGUUGUACCUCCAUGUUUUGUUCUCGAGAGCCUGGCUUAUUGAAGUCAUUGUGAGUAAGACCUAUCUCAAAUUCUUUUCUGUUUCAAAAUCAAAUUUGUAAUGUGUCCAGAGUAUCAUAUAGAAAGCCUUUUAUCUAUAGAUUAAAGAUUUCAUCUCAUUUUUCAUCGAAGUGAUUUAGUAUGAAAUUAUUUGAAGUAAGAGAAAUCCUAUUUUUGUUAUUUUUUCCAGUGAUAAUUUCUAGUAUUUAUUUUUUCUGGUAUAGUAUAAAUGUCAGAAAUGUUUAUAAGACCUCACAGUGUGAGUCUUAUAAAAAAUAAAAUUCAGGUGACUUCAAAGCCUGGAAACAUAGCAUUUUUUAAAAAAAAAUAGAUUGAAGUCCCUUCAUUACUCUUUGGGUGGUAUGCUAAGUUACAAGCUUAUUCUGUAGAAAUUAGACACAUAUCAUCUGAUGAAAUGCAGUGCAUGUGGAUGUACAAGAACUGAUGGAAAUGCUGCUAAGUGCAUAUUGUUCAUUGUGAUUUUGGACACCUUAAAACUAUCAAUCACUAGGAAGGAAAGAAACAUUGCACAUAUCAUGGGAUAUUAAUUAACUAAGUACUUUUAAUAUUUGUCUGUGUUUCCAAACCUUAUGGCCGACCCAACAAUUCUAACUCAGAAAACUGAAGAAUAAUAACUUACGUUAUUAUUGAAAUAGCCCGCAAAAGGCUAGCAUUACUUUGUGAAACCUUACCGGUUUUUUUUUUUUUUUUUAUCUAAUUGAUCUCUUUUUGUUCAGAUCAUCAAACUUACCUCAGAUAUAUUCUUGGCAUUCA